AUGUCUCGUCCAGAACUUGACUCUUCACAAAGCCCAAGUGUGGCUGCAUCUGGUGCCGAUCAUCAUCAGACCAAAGCAAAACCAGUUUUACAAACACAACCCGAUCAAUCCAAUGGCGUUACUGCGGUUGAUGCUGAUGUACCUUCUAAAGCUGCAGAACCUUUUUCUCCACCAGGUAGAAUCUAUGGACGGACUCCAGAUGGCACCGUAUUUGUCGUUCCAGAGACGGAAGACAUGGUUCGGACUCUGUUUGAUCCUCGCAUUAAAAAGUCUUUGACUGACAUGCUCAUUGUAUCAGUUCUUACAUCAUAUGUGCUUCUUUAUUUUGUUCUACCAUCAUAUUUGCGCAUCCCGGUUUACUGCAUCUUGUUUGCCUUUUGGCGCUUGGCCUACAAUGUUGGCAUUGGUUGGCUGCUUUCGCAGCAAUCCAACCACAAGCGUCUAACAAAAUGGUCGCUUCAAUAUCACAUCUUUGACAAGUCCAAUGCAAACACCUUUUGGCAACCUCUUCUUAAGGGUGAUUUUACUACUAAACUUGGUAAGGACUAUGACUUUUAUGCAGCCCCUAAUGAGUAUAAUACUUGGCUACUCUUCAGACACGUUGUGGAUUUGAUUCUUAUGAGUGACUUUACCAACUAUAUGAUGUUGGCUAUUUCUUGUUUUUCUGUUACUUCUCAGCCAUUUUUUAUGAUUUUUUUCCGAUAUGUCGCAGGUUUAACCCUUUUCCUUUUCAAUCUCUGGGUCAAACUCGAUGCCCAUCGUGUUGUCAAAGACUUUGCAUGGUACUGGGGCGAUUUCUUUUUUCUUGAGGAUGUUCAGCUCACCUUUGAUGGCGUUUUCGAAAUGGCACCACAUCCCAUGUAUUCAAUUGGCUAUGCGGGCUUUUAUGGUAUUUGUCUCAUCACAGCUAGUUAUACACUCUUUUUUGCCUCAAUUCUCGCCCAUGCUGCCCAGUUUGCGUUUCUUAUUUUGGUGGAAAACCCUCAUAUUGAAAAAACGUAUAACCCACCAGCUCCUCUUAAGCGUAAAUCCACCCUUGACUCAGAUUCGCACAAAAAGCUUCGCGAAUCUCUUCAAGGCCAAGCAUCCCCACCACACUUUGGAGGUGUCAAUUCCUCGGCUGUUGACGAUGAUUAUUUGGCCACACCCGAGAGACACGCAUUUUUGGUUUUUGGUAACUUUCAUGUUACUAGAGUAAGCGAUGUAUUGACAGUCAUUGCGGCCUUUUAUGCUACUUUAUUAGCCUUUUUGCCUCAUACUAUUGUUUGGAGUUGGUUUGCAAUUUACAAUGCAUUUUUCUGGCGUGCUCUACUUUCUUUUGGCUUUGGAUAUGCUCUUCGAAAGCAAUCUCAGGAAAAGUUUUUGACAAAGCUUUUUCUUAAGUAUGGUCGCACCCCUGACGAAGCUUACCAACAAUGGCAAAUUGCUUACAAUUUUGCUACUGUCAUGUCUUAUGCCUCUUUAGCUGUUGUUGUCAUUCGUCAUAUCCAUAAUCCCCUUGAAAGACCUUACUGGCCUUUUAAGUACAUUAUUGGAGCCAUGCUGAUUGCUUUACAAACAUGGACCAGUUAUUCCAUCUACGAGUCUCUUGGUGAAUUUGGUUGGUUUUUUGGAGAUUUCUUCUUUCCUGAAAAGUCUAAGAACCUUACCUAUUCUGGUAUUUACCGUUACCUCAACAAUCCCGAGCGUCUUUUUGGUAUUGCUGGAGUUUGGGGUCUUGCUCUCAUUUCUGGAAGUUUCAUUGUUACUGUUUUGGCGUUUUUCUGGACGUUGGGUGUUAUUUUCCUCAUUAAAUUUGUUGAGCAUCCACACAUGCAAAAACUGUAUGGAGGCCAAAUUCGUGACCAGUCAGGUGUUGUUAAGACUAUUAAGCGUGCUGCGGAAGCUGCCAAGAUUAUUCCUCCGCCAGUAGAAAGCACCGUGCGCAAAGUACAAGGUUCUAUUGACAAGGUUUUGCACGAAACUGCAUCCGCUGUGGAAAACUUUUUAGAACAAAAGAAGCUUACUACUGGCGUUAAAGACGUUGUUAAAGAAACUCAAGUACUUCUUAAAGAAUACCCCGCCCGUCUUACCAUUGUGCGAGUCACUGAGGAUCUCCAUGGUCUUGAUGCUUCCAAGUACUCUCUUACAAUUGAUACUCCAGUUAGUGAAGACCAGCCAUUGACUUUUGAGUAUGGUACAGAAAUUACUGUGAAGUGGACUGCCGAUCCCAAACACUCUAACCGCGAUUGGAUUGGCCUGUACAAACUGACUGACAAUUAUUCUGAGGAGGUUACCAAGAUCUCAUCGCAAGGCCGCUGGUCUGCUAUUGAUUCGACAGCUUAUGAAAACCACAUUGAUACAGUAAAGUCCAACAAUGAAACUUCUGGUGAAGUUGUUUUUAAGGGCGACAUUUUACCAUGGACAACAGGGGUUUAUCAAUUUAGAUAUCACCAUGACGGCAAACACAAUUGUCUUGCUAUUUCGCGUCCUUUUACAGUCAUUGCUACUCCUAUUAAGGGCACUUCGGCGGGAGGAGAUGGUAAAGCCUUGGGCAUACAGCUUCUUCCAAUCGUGCAGCGCAUUUUUGUUGCAAGUGAUUUUAUUCCACCUCUCACAGUUAACGAAAACUGGGACUUGGAAGAUCCCGUUGUUACAAAAAGACUUGGCUAUGCAGUUAAGGUUUAUGCGGGCGUGGAUCUUGCCCCAGAGGUGCUUCAAUCUGAUCAAAGCGUGGGCCAACUGGCAACACGACUGCAACGGGUUACAGAUGCUUUACGGCCAUUUACAGCAAUCAAGAAAGAAUAA